GGAGCAGGGCGGGGAUCCGUGGGGCUGCUCGGCCCCUGGCCGGCGCUGUGCCCCGGUCCGGAUUAGCCCCGGCCGAUGGCUCCCCUGGGUCCUGCCGCCCCGCCGGGCGGAGCGGGGUGGCCCGGUGGCCGUCGGUGAAGGCAGCGCGGUGCCGCCCCCGGGGCCGCGGUGGGCCGGGCCGGCACUGCCGGGCAGCGGCGGCGGCGGCGCCCGCCCCGGCCCGCAGCGCACAGCGCGCAGCUUGGCUCCCCCCCGGCGCCCGGGCGGCGCGGCCCCGGGAUCGGCGGCUCCUCGAGCCCGGGAAAGAUGCUGCCGGGGUCCAUCCAGAUCUCCGGAGAGACGCUGUCGGGGGCGGAGAUCCGGGACAUUUGCGAGAGCCUGCGGGAGAACUCGGUGCGGCUGCUGUCUCUGCGGGGCUGCCAGCUCUCCGAGCGGGACUUCGGGCACGUCUGCCGUGGGGUGGCCGAAUCCCGCUCCCUCGCCCAGCUCAACCUCAACCUGGGCAUCGUCUCCAACAUCAACCGCGUCAAGCAGCUGGCCGAGGCCCUGAAGACGAACCGCUCCGUCCAGUCCCUCUUCCUCCAUGGGAGUCCCUUGACAGAUGCAGGCUUGGCCCUCCUCAAUCCUGCUCUUUCCAUCCACCCUUCGCUGGUGGCUCUGGAUCUAGGAGACUGCAUGCUGGGUGAUGAAGGCAUCAACCUUAUCUGUGGGCUCCUGCCGCCUGAUGGGGCCAAGUCCGGCCUCAAAGAGCUAACACUGAGCGCCAACCCAGGCAUCACAAGCAAGGGCUGGGGACGCCUGGCCAUUGCAGUGGCUCACAGCUCACAGCUCCGCGUGCUGAACCUGGACUACAACCCUCUAGGUGACCAGGUGGCAGGGAUGCUCGCUGUCGCUGUGGCCUCCAGUCGAACCCUCGAAGUUCUGGACUUGGAGGGAACAGGACUUACCAAUCAGUCAGCCCAGACCUUGCUGGACAUGGUAGAGAACUACCCCACAGCCCUACGGACACUCAUCCUGGCGGAGAACAACAUUAGUCCCGAGCUGCAGCAGCAGAUCUCUGACCUUCUCUCAGAGGGUGAGGAAGAGGAGGAGACAGAGGCUCAUGAAGUCACAGCCAGGGAGAAGAACCCCUGGAUCUGCCAAAACAAUUCCAGCUCCCAGAUGGUCCUGAUGACGUCAGGUCUCGGUGACAGCCUCUUAGCAGAAACAGAGAUGUAGCUGGGCUACCCUGCCUGCUUCUGCCGAGAAGAGCACCGUGCCCGCGGGGGCAGCGUGUGCCUGCCGGACCCCCGCCUCCGCUGGGCUCCCCAGCCCACUUCUCGCACAUUUCACCUCCUGUUGGCGCCUCACUCGGCUCUCUGAGCGCCGGAGCCUGGUCCGAGCAAAUCUCUACACACGUCUCUGUGUUGUCACACGCCCAGUCGGCCGCUUGUGAUUGUCCCGUCGCCGCAUGUGUAGCUCACGCCGCCUCCCCCCACGCCCGGCUGUGCCCGCAGGGCGCAGGCUGUAUUUAUUCAGAUGUGUAUAAGAGAUGUCCUUUCUAUCGCUUGUACUGCUGUCGCGAUGAGAGUUUUAUAAAGGUCACAGACGUGGUGGCACCA